GGGGUUGGAGCCGGAGUCGGUGUUAGACAGCGCCCGGGAGCUCGCCUCUCGCAGCCCAGGGGGCGACAGCGAUACAUGACACCGCUGCUGCUCUGCCACCAUGGUGUGAAUGAAUUAGAGUCGUGCUGUUGCAACGCGAUCGGGUAACGCCGCUCGGCCUCGGAAAGUCCCUGCCCGCUGAGUUGUUGCAGCCUGCCGCCGGGGCAAGAUGCACACGAGCCAGAGGGACACCACCUUCACCAAGAUCUUCGUCGGAGGGCUGCCCUACCACACCACCGACGCGUCCCUCCGCAAGUACUUCGAGGUGUUCGGCGACAUCGAGGAGGCGGUGGUUAUCACCGACCGGCAGACGGGCAAGUCCCGCGGCUACGGUUUUGUGACCAUGGCUGACCGGUCGUCGGCAGAGCGAGCCUGCAAGGAUCCCAACCCCAUCAUCGACGGCAGGAAAGCCAACGUCAACCUGGCGUACCUGGGGGCGAAACCUCGCAUCAUGCAGCCAGGUUUCGCUUUCGGAAUGCAACAGAUUCACCCCGCGUUUGUGCCCAGACCUUAUGGGAUUCCAGCUCACUACGUCUACCCGCAAGCCUUCAUGCAACCCGGAAUGGUCAUCCCGCACGUGCAGCCCGCAGCCGCUGCCUCCCCGUACAUCGACUACACCGGGACGGCCUACGCCCAGUACUCGGCAGCCACGGCUGCAGCCGCCGCCGCCGCCGCCUACGAGCAGUACCCGUACGCCGCCUCUCCUGCAGCCACCGCCGCCGGCUACAUGACGGCCGCCGGCUACAGCUACGCCGUGCAGCAGCCCAUGCCCAGCUCCGCGCCCGGGGCCGCUGCUGCCGCUGCAGCCUUCAGUCAGUACCAACCGCAGCAGCUGCAAACAGACCGCAUGCAGUAACAACGGAACCGGCUCAUCUUCCGCGAAAACCCAACAACAGCAGCAAAACGGAAAAAAAAAUGUGCACAUUACUCCGGAGAGCCACCACAUAAUAUAUUCCAUAAAUCCCCAACCACUUCCAGAAUGAAUAUAUGAUACUUUAUUGUCACAUGUACCUAGGUACAGUGAAACGCUCUGUUUUGCAUACACUACCCAGUCGGUACAAUAGUGGACAUGGGCAGUGGAGGAGGAGGAGGAGGAGGGGUGGGGUGGGGGGGGGGGGGGGGGGUUUAAACAAAAGUAUUCUACUUUCUGGUAAGAGAGAAAUAUUUUUCCAGCUUUUUGAUUACUGCAAAGAGUCGUGUUAUAUAUAUUGUCAUAACAGGAGAAGUCAGAACCGCUGAAAGUGUUUGUUUACGAUCAAGAAGAUCUUUUUUU